CGUGUGCGUUAACGCAUCUUUGCCAAGUGUCUCUGGCCGGUUCGUUUUUCACUCGUGUCCGGUCAACGCGGAAGCAUUUCGAAUUCGCUUGGGUGUAGAUACCGAAAAUAUCUCGCGCGCUCCCUCGAACGUCAAAAGUAGGCUCGAUAGGUCGCCCUCGUUAAUUUAAAUCCCGGGAAUAGGCGAGUCGUAAUUAAAUCGUUAAUUAAAUCACUCGUCCGGACGGCGCGGCCCGCGUUUCCCGUGGAUCGGCUUAUAAUCUCGCGCAGCUGGUAAUAAUUGUGACCAUGCGGCGAGAAAUGUGGAAAAUGUAAUUCCGUCGGGUGCGUCGAUAUUAACGCGAUCAACGUGAUCGUUCGGGAUUUGGUAUCCGAUGGGGAGAAGACUUUGAAUGACUCCUCCGUAGGGGAUUUUCUUUUCGGCCCUUCGUGCCGAUUUUCCGCGGGCCCGGACAAUAACUUCUAAUUGAGUAGUUCUCGCCGCUUUUCUGCGGCCUCCGCGAGAUGAAGUGCCGACGUAUUCAAGACAAACGGGCGGACGUUUCGGGCCGCGGAAGAAGUAUUAAUUCACCCGCGUUGGAGGAAUUUCUCCGGGAAAGCGGCCGCGCGCGUUUUACCGGGCCCGGGAAAGGUGCGCGAAUCGCGGUAAUUUACGGCCCCCGGAGCCGAAAGAGAUUACACGAGAAACAUAUUCGGAACGUACUUUGAAUCACGGCUGGCAGCGUGUUUAGUAAGAUGAACGUCUCACGACGCACCGUUACCCCUGGGAGACGCAAGGAAAUAAUGGUUCCCAUUAAGGGGAAAAAAAAAAAAAGAGGAAGAGAGAAAACCAUUUUCCGGGACCAAACAGCAAUUUUUCUUACGAGGUUAGGGUUACCCGAGUACAGCACCGUGACUUAUCAUUCACCAAUUAAAAUCCCAUAUUUCGUCCGAAAGUGUAAACAUCGCUCUUAUAUGUAUUCAGAUCGUGUACAAAGGAGGCACUUUUCUAAGGGGGUACACAAGUUAGACGCGGUUAAUUCUUAAUCAUGUACAUCACGACGAAGACGACACUAAGAAAUAAAUGUCGAAAUCAUGUCCACAUUAAAUCCAAAAUAAUGACUACGGCGAACUUUCCCUUUUUUUUUCCUUCUAAUUUUUAUAGCAGCGGUAAUAGUGUACAGGUGAAAGUAUCUUGCUUGUUCGGUGCGUCCACGGUUCAACGGGAGAUAUAAAAAAAACAUUAAGAACGAAUCAUGUACCGUGAAAUCUGUGUACUACCUGACUUCCUGAAUAAAUAUCGUGGAAACCGCAGCAUCCUGCGUCUCUGGAUAUCUCGCGUUACCCGCACUGAGAGAGAAAACCUUCGCCGAAUAAUACGAAAGAAAGAUUGUAUUAAUUCAAGGAACAAUUAUUUCACUCGAUCUGAAAUAAAUCGUCAUGAUUUCGGGAGUGUUUAUCAUUUCACGCGUAAAGAGUAUUAAGAAUGAACCAUAUGGAAAAUCAUUGAGAACGGAAAUUGCGGGACCCCUGCACCCCUGCAUUUCGCAUUACCUAUGCGAGAUCGCCACGGGGGAGGGGAAUUAACGUAAACGGUAGACAGUAGAUAGAAGGGGUGCGAAGUUACGGGUGGUGUUGAGAGGGUGUCUGAUGAACUGCUCAGGUGGCGGGCGUGGCAUCGGCGAGCAGCUCCGUGGGCGCGAGUCCCACGGGAUCCGGGCUACCGGAGGCCCCCCUGUCCGUCAAGAGUGCCGACGCUAGCCCGCCCCAGUCCACCGGGAAGCACCUGCACAUUAACCUGGGCAAUCAGUUCAGGGCGGGAGGCUCCUUGCCCAACGUUAACAACAACGCGAACGGCAACAAGGCCAAAGACCCCUCUCCGAGUUCCGCCGCUAUACAUUCUAUCGACCUUAAGACCGCUCUGAGCAAUCUCGAGGAGAUGCAGCACAACUCGAUCGUGUACCGAGGACCCGAAAGGAGUCGCAACAUGGGGGUGGGUCCCAUGCGAUCUCGGCCCAUGGAAAAAAGACACGACACCUCGCCCUACAGUGGCGUCCCUUACUUGUCGCCACCCCCUUCGGACACGUGGAGAAGAACGAAUUCCGACUCUGCCCUGCAUCAGAGUGCCAACGAGGCUUGUCAGUCGGCAUCGGCCAUGCCUUAUCGUAGAGGUAGCGACCAACACGCGAUGAGCGGCAACGCGAGCGAGAAUCGAGAAUCCCAUCAUGGUUUCAUCGAACGACCGAGAUCUUCCUGCGAGAUGCCGAGAGUGCCAGGGAUCAACAUAUACUCGAGUUCGCAACCGCCGGGGCAACAGAUCCCCAUAGGCAACAACACCGGGUCGUUGCCCGAUCUGAACAACUUUUCCUCGCCCCUGCUCACCCCUCUGGACCAAGAGGAGCAUUCGAGCAGCACGCAGCACAGCAACAACCAUUUAUCAGUGCCUGUUAACUCUAGGUUGCUUCACACGUGUAAGCAGGGUGUGGCCUUGGAAAACAGCACAAGCACUUCGCAACAGGAUCUUCAGUCUUAUCGACAACCUCCACCGCCACCACCGCCUCAGCAAUCUCACAGUCCUCGGCAUUUCAUGUAUCCCCAGCCGCACAGUCCUGUACCGCCACAAAGUCCAAAAACGACACAACCUCAACAACAACAACAGCAGCAGCAGCAACAGCAGCAGCAGCAACAGCAGCAGCAGCAGCAGCAACAACAGCAACAACAGCAGCUCAACUCUUUGGCGUCGUACAGAUCUACCCAGCCGGUGAACAGGCCUUCGCCUUUGUCGUCGCCGAGUCUCACGGUUCAGGGGAGCCCUCUGAGCUACAGCAAUAAUCCGUCGGCGCCUCCGAGUCCCACGGGACACCCGGGACCGCCGAAUUUCACGACGGACAACGUGGAUCAAAAUAAUUAUUUCAUCACCCAGGCCCAAGCCGCCGCUCUCCAGCAACACUUCGAGCAGUUCAACAUGAUGGACUCGCCAGUGGCGCCCACCACGAUCGGCACCUACAUCGGCUCUCCGAAUCACACUUCCAAUUACACGCAAAGCGACAUGAUAAACGUGGGCGGCGAAAUGGGAGGCGGCGAUGCCGGUUACUUCAGCACGAGCCCGCAGUUGGCGUACCCGCAACCGACGACACCUACGACCACCCAACAAUUAACUCCUCAGACACCAAACACGCCUACCAUCGUGCUGACCGAUUUCUCUUCGGGCACGGACGACCUGACGAAUCCGGAGUUUGGGAAGGACCUCAGCUCGGCGAUGACGGGCGUCUUCGACACGGACCUUUUCACCUCCGACGACGCCCUGAGGCAGGGUCUGGACCCCAUCGACUUCGAUGGACUGCAAAUACUCACCGACCCCGACAUGGUCAUAUCGGACCCCACCGCCGAGGCCCACUUUAGGUUAGACCGACUCUAAGGCGCCGAGGGGUCCACCUAGACGCUCCUGCGCCGACUGUAGGGUAAUCCAAUCCUUGUCCUGGUGUCGCGGUCACCCCUGAGACACCUCGACCCGCGAGGACAACUCCUUGGACGUCGACGCGUUUCCAACGUCCAGGUGGCGCCGAGAGGACCCGCUCGCUUCCGAUCGUCCGGAUCGGGAAAGAUGAUGACCAUCUUCUGGACCAUCUGUCCCGCCACUCUGGUUAGUACUUCGGGUCGCAAGCGGUCCCCGGAUGACCCUGGGUCGUCGGGGACCCGGUCGCCGGCAACUCGCUCAAUCCUCCGUCGAAGUGGCGCCUCUUCGGAGCUGGAGGAUCCUUGGGAAGCGCUCGGUCGAUCUAGUCGGUGAGGCCACGAUCGCUCUAGUCGCACGUUGGGAAGUCAACACUUGGGUACCGCGAUCGUCACGUCGGACUCGCCGAGGCUUCUCCGAGACUCGGAUAACGGGGAGUCGACGGCGGAAGGAGGACCGAGGUCCAGGAUAAGCGGCGAUCGCGCUUUCCUCUCGAGCCCUGCGAUCCGUCGAGGUCGCGUCGACCUCGCCGAUGGGGACUCGUUGGAAAUGCCUCCUCGACCCGGGAGGCCCGUUCGUGAUAAAACGUUAAUUGAAGAUUAACACGAAUCUUGAUUAACCCUUUUUUUAUUUUAUACUACUUUGUAUAUUGUAUCAUGUAUGAUCUCUAAGAAGCACAAAACAAAACGUCUACUGAUUUAUACAUGCUUUAUCGUACGCGGAUUCUAGUAACUUAACAUACCGGUUAGAUCGAUGAAUUAAUCUUAUAGACGUGGGUCGGUCGUGCUUUCCCCAUUUCUCUCUUUAUAUAUAUCUACAUAUAUAUAUAUAUAUCUUUCUCUCUCUAUUUCGCUCCCCGAUCGGGAACAAUUUUGUCGCGGGAUGACGCGGGCAACACUGAGAGGAUGGAUCGCAUCUCGGAAACGUGAUGUCUGAUUUAUCUUCUUUUUUUUUUUUUUCCCCCUCUUCGACAACUGGGAUCCAAAGUGCAGGGUUACUUUAUGCGUCAUUUGUACAGUUUGUUCUAGUUAGAAGGACUUAGUUUUUCAUCUCAGGAAUGCAAUUUGAAUACUUGGCGACGCGAAAGGUGGAAUCUUUGCCUCUCGGUGCGACGUGUCGUGGACCAUCGUGUACUCGAAUCGAACCCCGUACUUCCUAGACUCUUCUCGCUCGUCGUAUUUCUUAGCAAUAGCCAAGGCAAUUCCUCGUUCUCCAGCGAUUAAUCAUACGACACUUGUCAGUCCCCAUCGAUCCAAAGAGAACUCGGGUUCUUCGUCUCCCGGGAUGCCGGGAACGAGUCGGUCGCAUCGGCGCAACAAAGGGAGGAAGCGGACUCGCAUGUACAAAUUAACCCCUCGCCAAAUUAUCGGAUCCCGGCACGCGAUUUGCCAAGAAAAUCGCACGUUUUACCACCACGCAAGUGCGGCUCGACCCAAGGCGAGGGGUUAAAAAAUAAGCCAUACACUCUGUACACACCCAACCACAUACAGACACGCGCGCGUUACCCUCUGCGGUUGUCAAUUGUUUUUUGAAAGUAAUACGCAGUACUUUGUAUAAACAUUCGAGUAAGUAACCGAGCGCGGAAUUAAGGUAAAUCGGUAGAGUGUACGUAAGGCUAAGGAGGAGGAAAAGGUCGCGGCGUGCGAUCGUUGCGCCGCGUCCACGUCUAUGAUCUAUCGUUAAGGUUUACUAAUCAUAAGGAGGAAAGUAGGCAGGAUGACACCUUUGGUCGCGGGCUUGAAAGAGACCCCAAGGUGAAGUUGCGUGGAAAGGGGACGAAAAGAAAAUCCGAGACCCAGUUUUGGACGAGUCGAGGGCUAACUUCGUGCCUGAGGGCGAGUUCUCGCGAGGAGCGAAUCAUUUUAUCCGAGUCAUUGCGCCGAGAAAAAAAGUUUCAUUGGGCGAAAGAAAUAUGUUUUUGAACGGUACAAAAUACUUAGUUAAUUCAAAGAAUAAUUAUUUGACUGGAAUAAGCUCCAAUAUAUCGAAUGCAACCUUUAUACGGAAUUAUGACGAUUUAUUUGAGUCAGAUAAUUAUUCUUUGAAUUAUCAAAAAAUAUUUCUUUGACUCUGUUCGAAGAAACAUUUCAUUGGUUCAAUGAAUCAUUUUUCUCGGGGCAGAAAGAGGCUCACCGGCCCUGAUCGAUUGAUUUUGCUUGCAUCAUCAGCCUCGCGUUAUGUCGAACUAGAGGGAGGAUUUGUCGUGCCGUUUCGGACGGCGUUUUUAAAUAUCAAUUUCUAUAUCACGGCGUCGCGGCCGGCAUUGUUGUCUCGCUCGGAAAGAACUACUCAACCUUUGAUUGACUCGCGACCUCCGAAACUCUCUCCGCGACCUGCCGAUGUUUCCUAUAAUUAAGGGUGGUUAAACGGUGGUUAGUUGUCUCGUUGUUGAAGUUUAUCUCUAGUUAUAUGCGAGAAGGUCGCGAGGGAAUUUCGGAGCCCGAGGGGUGCGACUGCUCGGAGGGAGGGAAUAAAAUUCGGAAAUGGAGAGGACGAACACGGGCGAGUCACUCGAGAGUAGACCAGACCUCUUCCCAUCGGUUUUCAUUUCUCUUAGGGUUACGUCGUCGCUUCUCUCGUUCAUGAGGUAAUCAAUAAAUAACAAAAGGUGCCAAAUCCGCUUCUGCCUGUCCGUAAGCCGUAACUCAAUCGGAGUCGAUGAGUCUGAUCGGAAUUCGGGACGGGAUGUCAAUUUGCUGCUCUAACUGACUGAGUCGCAGUGCCCACGUAAUUAUUUAACGGGGAGUUAUUACAAAAUAAUGGAAAUAAAUAAAGGAAUGCGGGACGCGGGGAAGGAGAGACGUUUUAUUAGGAUUCUAUAAAAGACAAUUGAUGUAAAGCGAAUGGAAUUUUUACUAACUGUAGUACUUAAAUCUUAGGCGGUACGGUCUCGGCGAUGAGACGACCAAUCGCGAUCGGCACGAGCGUCGAGGACGUCGCGAGGAUUGUGCGUCGCGAUUGCGUCCUUGCCCUGAAAUCUAUUUUUCUUUUUUUUUUAUUUCCUAUCGCGAGGGAACCAUUUUACCGUCGGCCCUCGGCCGAAUUAUAUCUCGAAGAAGCGCACUAAGACGCGUCCUCGAAUUAAACGAGGAGAAGAUCAAAUCAAAGGACGCGAUUCCUGUCGCUGCUAGGACUUUGGGACGUUCUUUCUUCGUUCUUGCCUUGCUACGGGAAAUAAUCUAAAGUCGAACUCACCCAUCACGGAGAGAAAUAUUCAGGACGUUUCCAGUCUACAUGUCCAGCUUCGUAGCGCAUCGAUACCCUUAAAUUAUCGUUAUCUCGAUUUUAAUUAGAGUUUAAUGCGAUACAUCGUAUCGAAUUAACGUAGUCGACGUAAAUUCGCGUUAAGGGCAUGCGAUGAUUUUUCAAACUCGCUCUGUAGAGGAUUCCUAAAAAUUUCUCUCCGCGAGACGUUUUCACCAUUGAGCGAACAUUACACUUUUAUUCGCCCUAAUUUUUCGCGUUUGAUUCCCGUUUGCCGAUAAUAGCCGUUAACGUAUAUAAUUGAUUUUCUUGUGGCACCGCUUAAACGGGAUCGACUGACGUUCGCGUUGAAUCGAGAUUCCAGAGCAGAGAUGGGUUACACGGUACUUAAAAGUACUAAUCAAUUAUUCCUCCUUUCCGUACAUACUCGAAAAUCAUUUGCAAUUGCGAAAGCAACGCGUCCAUUACGUCGGAUCGUUUGUAAAAUUUAAGUGCCCAGCGAUUUUACGUCAAAUAAUUAAUUUCUCCGUAAUUAAUAUUAUUCAGUGUCUACCGAACUGUCCGUGUACUUGCAUUUUUCACAUACAAGCAGUCGUUGCGUCCAACAAAUUCUUCACGAAGAUAUUAAUUAGAACCGCGUGUAUUUAAUCUGAGCGACAAUGCGGCGACAUUAAACAGGCCCUGUUCAUACAAUUCCGAAGUCACGGGUUCUUGGUACGAUUUAAACGAAACAUUGUCGAAGUAAUUGACGCUCCCAUCUCUGUUCGCGAGUAGUAGCUUCGAUAGUGUGUUCAAGUCGUGCUAAUUAAGCACGGCAUAUCCCAUCUUUGACUCGUUUGCGAUUCGCAGUCCAACCGAAACAAAGGGCUGGCCAGGUCGGCACUUGGUCGCGAAUUAGACGCUAAUAUAUAUAUAAAUAAAAAAACAUAUAUAUAUUAAUACAUUAUCGUGGUCGUCGUCGGUAGUUGUCGGAUUUUUUACUCUCUUUGAUAAAGUUUAUCUCGGUGUGUCGGCUCGUCACGAGCGCGCCGCGACAUUUUGGAGGAAAAAAAUCGGAGAAAACGAAAAAGAAGAAAAAGGUCUCGCAGCCCGGCGAAUCGUCGCGCCUCGUCGUACCCUUUAUAACGAGUGAACGAAGAGCCCUUUAUCGAUACCCCCGAUCGAUAGGGGGUCUACGAGGGAGUUGUAAUAUUUGUAUAUAGCCAAUGUUAUUUGUGGUAUAUAAAUAACUAUUAUAAAUAAUUAACGACACACAUACGCGAGUACACACACACACACAGAAAGAACACACUGUAUGCGUUACGUUGUUGUACCAUAUUAUUGUGAACAUUUCUCACCAUUUCUCAGACAUCGAUUUUUUCAAUAAAAGAGGAAAGGAGAGAGGAUCUCUAUCGAUAUAGACUAUUGUAGGCUGACUCGAAUCCAUUGUACAGGAGCGAUCUGGAAACGGCUUUAAAGGGCGCUUCGCGCAUUCGUUGCAACGCCACUCCCGGAUGCAUUUCUCCGUUUUAUCGAACUCUCUUUUCUCUCCUAACCGCUGAUUUAUCUGGCUCUUGAUUGUGCCAGGAGUUCCGAGCGUUCCUCGGGCGAGCUUGAAAAAAAUUCAAGGCUAGGAUUGUUAUAUAUAUAUAUAUAUAUUUUUUUUUUUCCAUCCGGAUAAAUUAUCUCCGAUCUAAUUCCCCCGUGCAACGCUCCGGAGUUCCGAGGCUUGUUUCCCUCGAUGGCGAGUUUCUUUUUUUUUUUUCUUUUUCUUGUCUUUGAGAGGAGAAUAAGUGACAUUGAAUCAGCCGCUGCCUGAACGUCGAAGUACAAAUCGAGACUCGACGGCGCUUUUCGUUGACUUGCCCUCGAAAGGGACAUUUCUUCAGCGUCGCGGCCAACGAAAUGCGGAAUUCUCGAGACCGUCGAGGGCACCGAGCUAACUCUUGUCUCGUCGGCAACGAAUUCCCCGAUUUUUCGUUCCCUUAUUAUGGUCUCUCGAGGUCUCGACGGUUCCGCGAGGUUCUAGCGUGCGGAUUUUCGCCUUUUGCGACGGCUCUUAGAGCGUAUCCGUCGAUAAACGAAUUCCCCGACUCUCUGUAUGCCACCCACGUGUCCACGAGUUCCAUCUCUGUCUCUCUGUCGAUCUCUUUCACUCUCGCUUCGCGUUUUUUCUCUGUACUCGAAGACACGUUAGCGUCCAGUCCGCGACACCGUUGUUUCUUAUCACCCGAUGUCGAUGUACAUACUUGUCUCAUACUAAGUGUACGUGUAAAAUAGGAUACAGGAGCGAGGAUGGAGUACCUUCCGAUAAUGUAAACGCACAAGAUCAACAAUUUAUGUGUCUUCUUCGUGUUUCGUCGUACCUUCGAUUAAAGCUCUUCAGCGUCACCGAGAAAAUCUGUCUGUAUCGCCUAAAUCGUGGCGCCACCCAGAAAACCGUAUCUGAAAUUCAUUUCACCGUAAAUACUUUAUAAAUCGGCCACGAGCGUUCUAUUGUCAAUUUUUAAGCGUCCCCUUGUCAGAAUUCUGAGUUCGUCCGUAUUGACUUCUCGUUAUUAAUUUAUAACUCGAGACGUUUGAUGUCGGUACUCAUUCUCUUUCGCCGUUUCUGGAGCUUUUGUCAAUUUUAGCGUUUAUGUGAUAAGGGACGAGAGUCCACUCACGCGUACGCGUGUAAAGAUUUUUAAAUGUCGAUUCAAUUGUGUUUUCAUUGACUCGUUCGCCAUUCCUCGAGUUUUCUGGGUGACGGUUGCAUUUCAAGGAUCGUGACGAUCGCGCGCGGGAUUACACCUCACCUCUUAGAGGCGCCGCUGUAAUUAAAAAAAGAAAAAAAAACAUAUUUGUGAGAUAAUGUUUGUAAAGGAGCACCGUUACUUACGCUUUGACCACGAAGACCGAUUUAGUGUAAUUAAUUAAAUGUAACUCGCGACGCACGCGCCGACACCGAACGCGCGCCCCUCGUUUUCGCUGUAAAAGGUGAAGAAAUAAUGGAUAAGUGUUACAUCCUUCCAAGAACGACUCGUAUCCUGUGCCAGGGAUGCAAAUGAUGUUGCGAUUUGCCGUGAUAACGCAAAAGAGAAACGAUAAGAGGACGCGCGUUCGGGCGGCCACGUGUCCUGCAAGUCCUGCGCAUGCUCGCGUCCUUUGCGCACGACGUACCAAACUAAUUAGAGAGAGACACGUUUUAUAUCCUUCGACGGUACAGCGGAUGUAAAGUUCUAGCUCGACUUAGCGAAUAGGAAUUUAGAUAUUGACAAUUUUUUGUGAAAAUUUAUAAAAGAAAUAGGCUGCAUUAAAUAACGUUCAAUCUCAA